UUCUACCUCUUCGGGCGCAGCCACUUCACGGCCACGGGCUGGGCGAAGCACGCCAAGGCCUACGUCGCCAACGAGCUGGAGCAGGCGACGCUCACGGGCAAGGUCUACGCCGUCACGGGCGCCAACUCCGGCGUCGGCCGCGAGGCCGCGCGGUUCCUGGCGUCGCGCGGCGCGACGGUCUACAUGCUCUGCCGGAGCGAGGCGCGCGCCGCCAAGGCGCGGGCGGAGAUGCUCGCGGAGCUGGCGGACGCCGGCGGGUUGCCCGGGUCCCUCGAGAUCCUCGUCGGCGACGUGUCGCUCGCGGCGUCCGUGAAGGACCUCGCGGCCGCGCUUUCCGAGAAGGCGCCGCGCCUCGACGCGCUCGUCUGCAACGCGGGCGUGCUCCUCAACGAGAAGACGAUGACGCCCGAGGGCGUCGAGACGACCUUCGCGUCCCACCUCUGCUUCGGUUCCUACCUGCUCACGCGCGAGCUCCUGCCGCUGCUGAAGCGGAGCGAGGGCCGCGUGGUCUACGUCACGUCCGGCGGCAUGUACAACAGCAAGUUCCCCGGCGUCGACGCCUGCGUCGACCCGGACGCCAAGGCCUACGACGGCCAGUUCGCCUACGUCUACGCGAAGCGCGGCCAGGUCCUCCUCGCGGAGCACUUCGCGAAAGCGGAGCCCGCGGUGCCCGUCGUGACGUCGCACCCGGGCUGGACGGACACGCCGGCCGUGGACCUGGCCUACGGGUCCCAGAAGUCCUACCUCGAGCCCAUGCGCUCCACGUGGCAGGGCGCCGAGGGCAUGUGCUGGCUCUGCGCCGUCGACCGAGCGCGCCUCGAGCCCGGCGCGCUCUACCUCGACCGCAAGCCCCAGCGCAAGCACCUC